UAGUCAAGUGACGAAGAUGUCGAUGCUUUUAAUGAAAUGUAUUCAAUUAUUAUAAAUAUAAAAUAUUUGCAAGUUUUUAAUAUUCUAAAUUUGUUUAAUGAUAUAAGUAAUAAAUAAUAGCUUUAUUAAUAGAAUAAUAAUUAGAAGUUGACAAUUUUUGUAUAUGUUUAUUGUUUAUAAAAAAAAAUACAUAAGUGUCUGUACUGAAUUAGUUAUAUACUUAAAGUUGUCUUAAAAUUUUUUGACACAUACUUAUAACUAGAACUUGUAAUAACAUUAAUGGGAGUUCCUAUGUUUAUAUAAAAAUGCAUAAAUUCAACUUGUCCGUCAAGGUUAAGUUGUCUACUAUAUAUACAAGAAGGACUGAUGAAAUUAAAAUUAUCUGUGCGUAAAAGUAAUAAAAUAGACAGAGUUUAUUUCUUUCAUCUUUAAAUGCGCAUAAAAAUACAGAUAACACUCAUUUUAAACCUAAACAAAUAAAAAAAUUACUACCAGAUUGCCACACAGUAUGUACAUGUUUGUCUAAACGGAAAACUAAUGCGAUGAUAUUUGAUUCAAAGACUUCAACUUUACAUAGUGAUUACGGAAGUUUUGACAAACCGUUUGGAGAAGUAAAAAUAAUUGUAGACAACGACAACGCUGUUGUUGAUGGAAGACGUAGUGAAAUGGCUCAGUCGAGUGAUGUUUAUCAAAGACAGCCUUUGCUUCCUGGUACAUCAUCAAAAAGUAAAGACAAAUGGGGAGCAUUAAGUUCAACUUCAAAUUAUUACAAUAAUGAUAAAAUUGAUGAAUUGAGUCACGAAGGAAUUAAUUCUGGUGUACCAGAUAUAUCAAAUUGUGGUAUUGUUAAAUUGGAUAUACCGGCGCCAUUAAGGGAAGAACCUAGAUAUCCAAAAGAAAAAUGGAAAACUUUUAUUGCAUUUUUAUUUAUGGCUGUAAAUUUUAUUCUUACAACUGCAUCUUUGGCUAUGGUCCAUGACAAAGUACCAGAUAGAAACUCUUACGAUCCUCUUCCUGAUGUAUUUUUGGAUAAUGUAGCCGCACAGGACUGGGCACUUAAUGUUUCUGAAGUUUUAAUUAUGAUAGUUUCAAACUCAGCAGUUAUUUUAAUUAUUUUCCAUAAACACAGAUUUAUUGUUCUACGAAGAAUUUUUCUUCUCUUGGGACUUUUAUAUAUGAUGAGAAGUAUAACUAUGUAUGUUACAGUUUUACCAGUAGCAAGUAAAACAUACUAUUGCAGUCCUAAAGCAAAUAGUACAACUCCAAUAAUUGUGACGAAAAGAGUUUUUCAAUUAUUAUCUGGCUUAGGUUUAUCUAUAAACGGAAAGCAUACUUAUUGUGGAGAUUAUAUUUACAGUGGCCACACAGUUAUUCAUGUUUUGAGUUACCUUAUUUUCAAGGAGUAUUCACCAAAAAGAUGCCUGUUAAUACAUUGGCUUACCGGAUUGAUGGCGCUUGUAGGCGUUAUUAUGGUAUUAGUUGCUCAUGGUCACUACACUGUAGAUGUUCUCAUUGCAUAUUAUGUAACAACACGUUUAUGGUACAUUUAUCAUACGCUUGCAAACAACAUUAAUUUAAAGCAACAUGGACCAAAUAAUAGUUUAUCUCGACUUUGGUGGUUUCCUCUCUUUAAAUAUUUUGAAAAAAAUAUUGGUGGACCUGUACCUCGACAAUACGAUUGGCCUCUUCCAUGGCGUCGAAGAUUUCUCACAAAACAUCCAAAUAGAGACAGUUAAUGUAAAUAAAUUCUAUAUAUGACAAACCUUAGAUUUGAAAGAAAAAUAUCACUGUCAUGUACAUAUACACUUCAAAUUAUACAAAGAAGCACACAUUUAUAAGUUUAUUACUUUUCAUGGAAUAUUUUUAUUAACUGUCCAAAAAAAAAGAAAUCUGAAUAAUGAUAUUUAAAUAUAAUGUCAAAGAUAUUCUGUGAUUGUUUUAUAAUCGGAAACAAUUUAUUAUGUUUAUAAAAUUUAAAUUAUCCAGAAUUUUGUACAGAAUUAAAAUUAAGAAUGUGUAUAUAUAUAUAAUUCAAUCGUUGCCUUUAUGAUAUAGCCUUUUUCUAAUAAUAUGUAAUAUUAGAGACAUAUUACAUAAUAAUAUGUAAUAAUAUAAUUUUUCUAUAGCUUUAAUAAUGCAACAAGAUCUUUAAUUCUCUGCCUCUGUUUGGUAGGGACCAUGUGCAACUUAUUAUUAAUUUGUUAGAGCAGGGAAAAACUAACAUAGGCAGAUGAUUAAGACUAUUACUGUCAGUUCACAAAUACAAGGAAUGAUACAGAAACACACAUUUUUUACUUUUCUCUAGAUGGUAGUUUUUCUUAACGCGUUGAAGUCGUCAAAAAUGAAAGAAUAUCCAAUCGACUCUAAACACUGAUAUAACUUUGAUCUGAUAAAAAGAAUGUAAAUAGUUUUAAAAUAUUAUGUUAUUGUUUGAAAAGCUUUAAAUUUCCUGUCUAUAAUUGUAAUUUUAUAAAAUAUACAAAUAAAUAUAUAUUUCACGUUCUA